AUGAAGGUCGCAUCGUUUCUAGGUGUGGCUGCUAUUGCCAUUCUCGCCCUUGCGUCGUCUGCGAGACUGGCAAACGCAGAUUGCACCCCCGCCGCCCCCAACCCCUGCUACAACGCCCCCGGCAAUGCCAGCAUCUGCUGCCCCGGGGCCUGUGGCCCCAGCACCGGCGAGGGGGGAGUCACCGCCACCUGCGCGGGCACCCCCCCGCCGGCGACUCCGGCACCCACUGCGGCACCCACGCCUAACCCAACCUCGUCAGGACCACUGGGGACGGUUUACCUCGCGUUCGACUUCAGCAAGCCCGAGACGAACUGCGCCAACCAGGCCGCGGGCCCCGGGGGACAGUUCUCCUUCGGCGACAUCUGCGUUUACAAGGGUCCCAUUUUGGCGUCCGACCUGCAGACUCAGGUGGGCACUUUCGUCGAGAUCGACGCGACAUUUCAGGGUGGGGCGUCCGACCUCCUGAGCGCUUCGACCACUUUCUACUUCACCACCGGGGAGAUCAAGGGCCCGGUAGACGCCAUUAACACCAUCGGCACGGCAUCCACCGAGGUCACGGAGCUCGCCAUCAUCGGCGGAACCGGAAAGUACCGCGGAGCGAACGGCUACGUCGUAUCCGGCCUGGGCGUCGACAUCAGCCCCGGCGCUGAUGGCUCCAUCCUGGCUUUCCCCAAAGAGUUCCGUCUGUUCUAG